AUGGAGACGAUCUCCAGAAUCUCUUCGAUGCUGGAAACAGCUCGAGAGCUCACCCUCGAAGCAGCCCAGUCGGCGUCUAUGUCUCGAGGAACGGGUAUUGGCACAUCUUCCCGCGAUAUCGGCGUCUCUCACAUCAAGAAACUCCUGGACUCUCGCAGUGACCGUGACGUUUUGGACGGUUUGCGCCGGAUCAUCUCUCUCAUGUACCGUUCCGAACCCUCUCUUCCUUUCUUCUCCGCCGUCGUGAAAAAUGUCCAAAGUGCGAAUCUUGAGGUCAAGAAGUUGGUCUAUAUUUAUCUCGUUCACCACGCGGAAACCGAGCCCGAUCUCGCUCUUUUAUCUAUCAAUGCGAUCCAAAAAUCCCUCACGGACCAGAAUCCUCAGGCACGGGCCAUGGCGCUCCGCACGAUGGCUAGUAUUAGAGUACCGGUGAUCAACCAGAUCGUGUCACUAGCGAUUAAACGGGGCUGCGGCGAUAUGAGCCCACAUGUCCGGAAAACGGCUGCGCUUGCUAUCCCGAAGUGCUACAGGCUGGAUCCCACCACCCAGCCGCAGCUCGUUGGGUAUAUAGCGACAUUGCUAGGUGAUAGUCAAUACUUUGUUGCUGGUCCAGCGGUCUCUGCAUUCUUGGAAGUCUGCCCCGAGAGGAUCGAUCUGAUCCAUAAGAAUUAUCGGAGUUUAGUCAAGAAACUUGUGGAUAUGGACGAAUGGAGUCAGUUGGCAACUAUGCGUUUGCUGGCUAUUUACGCUCGGAAGUGCUUCCCCUUGAGGACUAGAAAGGUGCAAAGGAGCCCAGAAAAGUCACAAGGGUUCUACGAUGAUGAUAACGGCAACGGUACUAAUCAGGACGACACGGACACGUAUGAAGUUCUAAUUCUCGACCCAGACCUCGAACUGUUUCUGCGGUCAUGCAAGUUACUUUUGCAGAGUCGCAACUCCGCCGUUGUUGUUGCUGUUGCCCGGUGUUUUCUUUACCUUGCGCCGACGGAAUAUCUUGCUGAUGCUGUUGGUCCCUUGGUCGCCCUGCUUCGGAGCCCUCAGGAUGUGCAGCUUAUUGCACUAUACAACAUUGUGGUUGUCGCUUUGCGAUAUCCAAAACUGUUCACCAAAUAUAUCUCGCAUUUUCUUGUACACGCGCGGGACCCUUCCCAUAUCUGGCACCUCAAGCUCGAAGCCCUAACGAUACUCUUCCCCCACGGCGGUAACCAUUUCAAGAGUGUGAUUAUUAGUGAGCUCGAACAUUUUGCUCAGGGUGCCGAUCCAGACUUGGUGCGCGAGAGCGUACGCGCAUUGGGACGCUGUGCACAAGGUGAUCCCAACACGGCUGAUAAAUGUCUACGUAUUCUGCUUCAUCAAAUUACAAGUCUUGAUGAAAAUCUUGUUGCAGAGUCGCUGACUGUUAUUCGACACCUUAUCCAACAUGAUCCGGGUUCGCAUGAGCAGACCGUCAUUCAAUUAGUAAAACAUCUCGGGCUAACAACAAACCCCGAUGCGAGAGCAACUAUUGUGUGGCUGGUUGGAGAAUAUGCCGGACUUGAGCCUGACAGGAACUUUGCUCCGGACGUCCUACGCGUUUUAGUGCAAAACUUUUCGGACGAGUCGGAAGCCGUAAAGCAACAGAUCCUUCUUUUGGGAGCUAAAGUUUAUCUCCAUCAUAUUUUACGAAACCCACCCAAGGAAGAAACCCCAAAGGAACUGGAGGCCCGGCCUCAGUUUAAUAACGAGUGGACCGACGUUGACAACGGAGAGCAGAAUGGGCCAAAUGGCACUGAGGAGAAACAGAACGAACCUGAGGAAGAGGAUACGAUGUCUCUUCUCUGGCGCUACAUACUUCUUCUGGCAAGGUACGACACGUCUUACGACCUCCGGGACAGGGCUCGCCUAUACAAAACCCUUCUUUCUACGCCGUCGUCGACUCAAAUCGCAAAUCUGCUUCUUCUUGCUCCGAAACCGGCUCCGCAUACCGCAAGCCCAUCCGAGACGCGAAAGGACUUACUUAUUGGCACCUCAACACUUAUCUUGGGCUCGGAUGUUGGCAUCCAUGGUCUUCGAGGGUACGAAAAUCUACCAAAUUGGGUUGAAGCCGGACAGGAGCCUGACCCGAAACUUCGUGAAUCUGAGGUUAAAGCCGACAAGCCAGUGUCAGGGGCCGGUACUGCAGGCGAGCAGCUUGACAGAGCGCUCAGAGAGCAUGAGGCUAUUGCAGCUGCCUCAAGCAAAGCUCAAGCAAGCCGCGUGAAGGAAGUAGCACCUGUUCCUAAGACCAAGUCCCUUGACCAAUGGCUUGACGAGCCUGAGUCUGAAACAGAGGAGGAGACUGAGGAAGAAACUGAGUAUGAAGAAGUGACAGACUCCGAGGAGGAAGAUGAAGAGGGGUCGUCUGAAGAGUACGAAACCGACGAGGAAGAGGGCGACUCGGAUGAGCGCGAGCAAGCCUCUCGACAACUUCUAGCUUAA